AUGGCAAUGUCUAUGGAGGGCUAUGUGUGGGCAGCCCCAUUGAAGCGGCAGAUGCUGGUACAACCAGCCGGCGCCCCGACCUACGCUUGGGGAUGGCAGCCAGCACCUGUCGUAGUGACUCGCCGCACCUAUCGUGUGGUGGCAAGGCCAGUGCAAGCACCUGGCUUGGUGACUCGGCGCACCAUUCGUGUGGUAGUGAAGCCUGCCAGUGCGGUGGUGAAGGCAGCUGCGCCAAUGCAGCUGCCUCACCUUCUCGGACCGCCGAGGGCACCGGCUGUGGCGCACCCCAAGAAGGGGUUGCCUCAAGCUGGAGCAGGCGAGCCUGCCCCAGACGACUCAGUCGACUUGACUGAGGAGGCUCCAGUCGACCUUGAGGCAUGUGAGACAAUGGAAGCAACGAACGCGGUUGCCGAAGCCUUUGCCCCGGCUCCCGAGCUGGUCUACCCAAAGGGUAGGCCUGUCUCGUAUGGCCCGGGGAGGCCUUUCAUGGAACUUGAAGAUGAAACAGCUUGCCAAGCAGACGCCGACGUUCCCGAGGCCGCUCCGAAGCCGGCUUCGGAGCCGGCUCCAGAGCCUGCAGAAGACGCUAGCCCACCGCCGGAACCUCCACAGGAACUACCGGGCCAGGCUGAGGCCUUGGAAGCGCUGAAGGCGCUGAUGGCGGAGCUCGGCGGAAUGGGCUUCAAGGUCCCCCAGAAACCGACGGGCGAACCAGAGGUGGGAGACCUUGUGGUCCUCAGCGAUACGAUCCUGCCGAAGAGUCUGCGGCUGCGGUACGCUGUUAUCAUGCAGGUGCACGAGAAGCACUACACAGCGAGAACGUUGGCAGAAGACAAGGCGACAUCGCUCGAGGAAUGCUGGCCAUUCAAGGAGGAUGCCGUGCUCGAGAGCACGGUUGGCCGACUGGGAAGCCGAGUGCGCGUUGCGGAGGGGUCCUAUGCUGGCUGCAGUGGCAAGGUGGCCAUGGCGCCCGGCCACCCGAUAUUCCCAGUCUUCCGACAGUUCAGGAACAACAAACUGCAGUACGUCGUCAAUGUGCGCUUGGAUGACGGCAGGGACGCGCUGUUCCUGUUCUCGGAGCUCCGGGCAGUUUGGGUGUAUGACGCGGAAGAGACGGAUGAAUACGAAUGCGUGGCAUUGCUUCAGUCCCAUAGCCAGGACGUCAAGGCUGUGAGAUGGCAUCCUCAACAAGAGGUGCUGUUCUCCUGCUCCUAUGACGACACCAUCAAGGUCUGGGGUCCCGAUGGGGACGAUUGGUGCUGCAAAGAGACCUUGGAGGGCCACAGCAGCACGGUCUGGGCCAUGAGCUUCGACGCCACAGGCUCACAUUUCGUGACCUGUUCCGACGAUGGGACAUUGCGCAUUUGGGCGCCCUCGCAAACAUUGCCGGCUGAUUUCAGGCCUGUGGAAAGCCAGAGCAGCAAGGAGCCUGCAAAGCAGGUUGAACCAGCAAAGACGAGCCUGGAACUCGGUGGGCAGUUCGAGAUGUUCGAGUCAGUUUGUCACCGCUUGGGUGUUCUUGCCCACACGAGGGUCUUCCUGUUUACACAGUAUGGAUGGCAUGCGGCAGGGACUCUGGUCACGCCUGCGAAGCAGUCGGGAAGCUCAGUGCAUCUUGCCGCUGCAUGGAUGGGUGAGGCGGAGCUGUUGGGCGAAGCUGCUUGUUGGUCAGAUUGCAUAAGAUUGAAUGAGUGCCUCCGGCAAGCACAGAAGUUGCAGCUGUCACUACGACACUACGAGGCCCGCGUGACGUCAAGCUACAAGGCAUGCAGGCCCAGCACCACAGUGCCUGUCAGCGUCAUCAGCGACCAGCAUCCACGUCCCGUCUAUUGCGCAGACUGGUCAAAUGCUGACUUCCUGGCCUCCGCUUGCGGAGACAACCGACUCCGCAUCUUCCGCCCCGAGGAGUGCCGCCCCAGGGCUAUCUGCAGCAGGAUACUUGAGGUGGUGGAAGGGGGUGGUUGGCCGGCAGUCCUUCCAGGCAUCGGAUUUGUAGUAUACAGGAGGCACGUGGGGAUUUGUGGACUUGUUUCAUGCAUGUUACAGAAUCAUCGACACGGCUUUGGCUGGCGCAGCGCGCAAGCUCCAGUCUGUGUGGCCAAAGCCAUGUUCUCGGCGAAAUCUUUCAGUCAAGUUCGUUGA